UACAAACCCCGCCUUCUUCUGACAUUUCCACAGCAGCUCGUUUCGGUUUGCCUCAUUUUGAAGAUCAUCGCAGCUACAAAGGAACCUGCCAUAAACAGAACUUUAAACAUGUUGCACACUUGGAUAUUGGUACCUCUCAUUUUAUCAUCUGUCUCUCAUCUAUUGGCCUUUGAGAUGACCUGCAAGACAAAGCCCAUUCAAAUGCUUGUUGGCUGCAAUGCAUCAUUUAGAUGCUUCUGGAAAUGUGAGACUAAAUGUGCUACCAAAAGAAUAAUCUGGACAAAAGACGGCCACGUACUUCAGGAACAUCCCCCAGAUGAAAAUCAGAGUAAUCAAACAGUGAAUGACAAAUUUCAAUUUAUGAACCAGAAUAUAGAAAAUGGGGAAGUGUCUCUGGACAUUGAAAAUCUUCAAAUGUCAAAUGCAGGAACCUACAAGUGUACAGUUAUUGUUGAUAAAGCCUUUCGUCUGUGGGAAAUAAAUCUGCAAGUGUCAGAUCCAAAUGAAAAACACAACAAGGAUGUUACAGAACAACCUGAUCCAAACCAGAAAUUUAACAUUAAUUCAAAAAAUCCAGCUAAGCGUUAUGGACUUGGUGUAGUAGGAGCAGCAGCAGCAGCCUUCGUUUUUGUCAUAGCUGUGUUGUCCUUUUUACUUUGGAAGAAAAGGUUAGGAUGCCGUCACUGUCAAAAGAAAAAAAAAUUACCCAGCACUGGUUAUGGAGAAGAGUCUAAUAGCUCUUCAGAUUCAGAUUCCUCCAAAUCAGAACUGAUAAAAAGAACUCUAAAUCAUGAUGGGGCAGAAAAAAAUGUUAACCUGGCCGCAACCCAGCCUCCAUUUUGGAGCCAGUCCCAAGCCUGGAUAAAUGGGGAGGGUUGUUGUCAGGAAAAGCACCUGGCCAUAUAAAUCAUGCUAAAACCUAUAAAACAUCAACCCCACAUGCAAGUGGGAAAAGGUGACGAGGAAGAAGGUGAAGCUGACCCCAUUCCUUCUGAGUCACAUCACUGCUGCAUGUACUCCCAGUUUUGAAUAAAACUAGAAGAUUAAUCCAAAAAAGCAUUUGUCCAAAAGAGGUUUACACUUGCUGUUAUGUUAGCAAGACCUAAGUAGUACAAGGUAUCAUGAGGCACAGCUGAGAACUUCAAGUAAGUUUCUUGAAGAACUGGACGUAGAAAAAGGAGGAAUGAUCAGAGCUGCAGAUCUUUGACUGUUAACAACAAGAAGACUGAAAGGCUUAACUUAUUCUGGAAUAUCAACAAACUUAUCUUCCAGCUUGGUUUGGUCAGGACUUUGUACAGACUGGCACAAAAGAGCCUGUAUUAUCAACUAUGCUGUCAAACAGGUAAGCAAAGUGUCAAUCACUGCACACUGCAGGCUGACCCUAGUGCAAAAAUCUUUUAGAAUGCAUUGUUAGAUUUGUAUAUAGUUAUCCAACCCCUAAAUCCUCAGAAAAAAUGGCCAUUUUAGUAGGUUCUGGGGUAAAAAUUAAAAAUAUAAAUAAAAACAAAA